AAGACUUGUGUGAGUUUUAUCGGCCCGAUCCGACCCAAACGCUAUACACCAAUCAAAAUACAACACGUGGAUAAACUAUUUUUCUUCUUUUAAGAUGAAACGACGUCGUAAGAUUUAGUUUGUUGGCCAGAAAGAAACUGAAGAGCCCUUGACUGUCUCUGCGGCGAAAAAGAGAGCGAAGCUUGAAAUCUCCGAUUAAGCCAUGAAUGCUCCCGACCGAUACGAGCGAUUCGUUGUCCCUGAAGGAACCAAGAAGGUUUCUUAUGAUAGGGAUACGAAGAUCAUCAAUGCUGCUUCCUUCACGAUUGAGAGAGAAGACCAUACGAUUGGGAACAUUGUCCGCAUGCACGCAACUUCACCGUGACGAGAAUGUCUUGUUUGCUGGAUACCAACUUCCUCAUCCUCUCAAGUACAAAAUCAUAGUGAGGAUUCACACAACAAGCCAGUCUUCCCCAAUGCAAGCAUACAACCAGGCCAUCAAUGAUCUGGACAAGGAGCUCGAUUAUUUGAAGAACCAGUUUGAGGCAGAGGUGGCCAAGUUUUCAAAUCAGUUUUAAGGAAGGAGUUCUCCAUCAGCACAACCACAAGACUUAGAAUGAGCUUGUGAAAUUUUCCCCAGUUAUGCUUUGUAUAAAUCAGAAACAGAUCGCCCUGUAACUUGUUUUCACUCUAUGUUUCAACACCAUUUGAGGAUGCUAUGAAGUAAUGCUUAGAUUACCUCUUGUUUUUACCACUCUAUCUACAUAAACCACUUAAUGUUUG